AUGGGUAAAGGAGACCCCAACAAGCCGCGGGGCAAGAUGUCCUCGUAUGCCUUCUUCGUGCAGACGUGCCGGGAAGAGCACAAGAAGAAACACCCCGACUCGUCCGUCAACUUCGCCGAGUUCUCCAAGAAGUGCUCCGAGAUAUGGAAGACCAUGUCUGCAAAGGAAAAGUCGAAGUUUGAAGAUAUGGCAAGAAGUGACAAGGCUCGCUAUGACAGGGAGAUGAAAAAUUACGUGCCUCCCAAGGGUGACAAGAAAGGAAAGAAAAAGGAUCCCAAUGUCCCUAAAAGGCCACCAUCUGCCUUCUUCCUGUUUUGCUCUGAACAUCGCCCAAAGAUCAAAAGUGAACACCCGGGCCUAUCCAUUGGGGAUACUGCAAAAAAACUGGGUGAAAUGUGGUCUGAACAAUCAGCCAAAGAUAAACAACCAUAUGAGCAGACAGCAGCCAAAUUUGAAGAGCUAUUAUUUACCGCCUCUGAGCUGCUCAGACUCAUGGGUCUGCCCUGUGUGCCUCCAGCUGAAGCCACAUCCAAGGAGAAGAAGGAGGAGGUUGGGGAGCUGUGCGCUGGGCUGCCGCCAGGAGUAAUCAACUGA